AUGUCUGUCCAAGUUAGUACACGAAUUGAGGAUACAGAUACUACUUCUAAAAUUCGUUUUGUUCUUUGGAACUUACAAAUAAGUGGUGCUAGAAUUUGGUUUGAAGUAUCUCAAAUGUGGCAACAAAUGUGUUGGCGCCGUCCUCGCCGAAACUCUGUUAAAAUAAAUUGCAUUUAUUCCAAAUUCCUGUUUUCUACUAAAAAUUAUGUUUGUCAAAAUCCUACAUUUUAUUCACUUGUGGUUAUUUAUACGGAUUAUUUAACCCAGUUCUAUGGCCUCUGCAAUUCUCCUCCGAUCACAUGUGCUUUUCUGCAUGCUUUUGUAAAUUAUUUACAACUACAAAUUGUGUUGAUGACAUUACUGCAAAAAGUAUAUCCAGAAGUACGAUUUGGCAAUGACUUGCAGAGAAGCACAGAUAUGGAAUCAGCUCGCAGAGAUAGGGAAAAGUGCGAAUCAAACUGUAUCCUAAGAUUGAUUGUUUGCACCACUGCUUCGCUUUAUCUGUCUUUCCUGCCUUCAGGAAUUCCAUGGCAAAAGAAAUAUGGAUUCGUGCAUUACCUGAUGUCAUAA